CUGCGGCGCCUCGAGACACAAAGACCCGUGGGAUGUGGAAGCAAACGGGGAGCCGGCAAAGGGAAAGCGAAAGCCGCGGGCCCGGUCUGUGACCGGGUGAAGGCGCCGCGCCGCCCUCCCGACGCCGGCGGUACCCGGGCCUGCCCUUGCGAGCCUUCCUGGCCCAGCCCUGUGCGCCGCAGCCAUGGCCAUUGCUCACCUGGCCACCGAGUACGUCUUCUCAGACUUUUUGCUGAAGGAGCCCUCGGAGCCCAAGUUCAAGGGGCUGCGGCUGGAGCUGGCCGUGGACAAGAUGGUCACGUGCAUCGCCGUGGGGUUGCCGCUGCUGCUCAUCUCGCUGGCCUUCGCACAGGAAAUCUCGAUUGGUACCCAAAUAAGCUGCUUCUCUCCCAGUUCUUUCUCGUGGCGUCAGGCCUCCUUCGUGGACUCUUAUUGUUGGGCAGCCGUCCAGCAGAAGGACUCCUUGCAGGGUGACUCUGGAAACCUUCCAUUGUGUCUGCAUAAGUUUUUCCCCUACAUCCUGUUACUGGUGGCGAUCCUGCUGUACCUUCCCUCCCUGUUCUGGCGUUUCGCAGCUGUUCCUCAUCUUUGCUCAGAUUUGAAAUUUAUCAUGGAAGAACUUGACAAAGUUUACAACCGCGCAAUUAGAGCUGCAAAGAGCGUACGUGACCUUGACUUGAGAGACGGUGCCUGCCCAGCUCGAGAAGUUAAUGAGAACCUGGGGCAAAGUUUGUGGGAGAUAUCGGAAAGCCACUUCAAGUACCCAAUUGUGGAGCAGUACUUAAAGACAAAGAAACACUCCAAAAGUUUAAUUGUCAAGUACAUCAGCUGUCGGGUGCUGUCACUCAGCAUUAUACUGUUAGCAGGCGUCUACCUGGGCUGUUACUUUAGCCUCUCCUCUCUCUCGGAUGAGUUCAUCUGCAACAUCAAAUCUGGCAUCCUGAAAAAUGACAGCACCAUCCCCGAUCGGUUCCAGUGCAAACUCAUUGCCGUCGGCAUCUUCCAGUUGCUCAGUUUCAUCAACCUCGUGGUGUAUGUCAUGCUGGCUCCCCUGGUGGUGUACACGCUGUUUGUUCCAUUCCGACAGAAGACGGAUGUUCUCAAGGUGUAUGAAAUCCUGCCCACUUUUGAUGUUCUGCAUUUCAAGUCGGAAGGGUACAACGACUUGAGUCUCUACAUUCUUUUCUUGGAGGAGAAUAUUAGUGAACUCAAGUCGUACAAGUGUCUUAAGGUUCUGGAGAAUAUUAAAAGCAGUUGUCAGGGCAUCGACCCCAUGCUUCUCCUGACAAACCUCGGCACGAUCAAGACGGAUGUGGUUGAUGGCAAAAAUCCUGAGCCCGUGGAGAUGGUGGUGGAGGAGCAGGGGGACCAGACGGCAGAUCUCAAAGAUCUGAAUGGACACAGUGGAACGAAAAUAAAUAAUGGAGAGCAGAAUGCUCGACAGAGACUCCUGGAUACUUCUUGCUGA